AUGUCUUUCCCCCAGCUGGGCUACCAGUACAUCAGGCCGCUGUACCCGGCGGAGCGCCCGGGGAGCGGCGGCUCCCGCGGCGGCGCCGAGCUGGCCCCGUCCGGGACCCUCUCCAACGUGCUCUCCUCCAUGUACGGCGCGCCCUACGCCGCCGCCGCCGCCGCCCAGGGCUAUGGAGCCUUCCUGCCCUACGCCGCAGAGCUGCCCAUCUUCCCCCAGCUGGGCGCCCAGUACGAGCUGAAGGAGAGCCCGGGGGUGCAGCACGCCGCCUUCCCCCCCCACCACCCUGCCUUCUAUCCCUACGGGCAGUACCAGUUCGGGGACCCGUCGCGGCCCAAGAACGCCACUCGGGAAAGCACCAGCACCCUCAAGGCCUGGCUCAACGAGCACCGGAAAAAUCCCUACCCCACCAAGGGCGAGAAGAUCAUGCUGGCCAUCAUCACCAAAAUGACCCUCACCCAGGUCUCCACCUGGUUCGCCAACGCGCGGCGGCGGCUCAAGAAGGAGAACAAAAUGACCUGGGCCCCCCGCAGCAGGACGGACGAGGAGGGCAACUCCUACGGGAGCGACCACGAGGGGGAAGAGGACAAGAGGGAAGACGAGGAGGAGAUCGACCUCGAGAACAUCGACACAGAGAAUAUCGAAAGCAACAAGGACGAGCUCGAGGACGAUCUACAGGAUGCCGACCUCCUGCACUCUGACUCCAAAACGGACUCGGAGGGAUCCGAAGGCUUUGAGGACCUGCCCGGCUCCGAGGAGCGCUACGACAAGGCCUCCGAGGGGGAGCCGCACCACCUCCGCCACCACCACCUGCACCACCACCACCAUCACCACCACCACCACAAGUGCGAGCUGCCGGCCACGGCCGCGCCCGUGGGCCCGGAGCCCCUCAAGCCGCCGCUCCCGCCGCCGCCGCCCCACCUCUCGCCCCCCUCGUCUGCCUCUUCCUCCGCCGCCUCCUCCCCGACGGACGGCGCUUUGGCCGGCUCCUUGCCGAAACCCAAGAUCUGGUCGCUGGCCGAGACCGCCACCAGCCCGGACAACCCCCGCAAGUCCCCCGGAGGCGGCUCUCCGCCGGCGGCCGCCCCCCAGCCGCUGCCGCUGCCCACCCCGCCGCCCCACAGACUCGUCUCCUCCUGCCCCCUGGGCAAGUUCCCCAACUGGACCAACCGCGCGUUCCCGGCCCACCACCACCACCACCACCACCACCCCCCGCACCCGCUGGCCUUACUGAACACUCCCCACCUGCUGGGGCUGGGGGCCGCCUCCGCCGCCCCCCCCGCCGCCGCCUUCCCGCGGCCCGCGGACCAGGCGCAGAGCGCGGAGCCCGUCGGAGCAGAUCGAUCUAGUGCCUUGGAAGUAGAGAAAAAGUUACUAAAGACAGCUUUCCAGCCAGUGCAGAGGCGGCCCCAGAACCAACUUGACGCCGCUAUGGUUCUAUCGGCGCUCUCAUCAUCAUAG